CAAUCCUGGAGGUCUCGAUCGUCAGGGUCUAUGGACUAAUGAGCUACCUAGUAUCGGUGCAAACGAAAGAUGAAGAAGAGGAAGAAGAGAGGACGGAAUAUUAUUCUUACAUAAUUAGUGCCUAUGCUCGACUCCCUUGUAUUAAUAGUCCUACCAUUGUGCCCACACGCUCACUCUUCUGCAUCGGAUCCUCCAGUCACCCCACACCUGUAUAUCGUUCCUCACAACAUCAUGACAUGGAUACCGAUCCUCCAGCUUAAAACCUUCCCGAGUUGGGGUCCGCUGAGCUGUUGCCUGGUGACGGUGAUAGUUAAUGCUCAGCGUUGCCUUGCUGAUACUGAUGCCACGUUUCAUGAUCAGGAUGGGGAGUCGAAAUUCCACAGAAUAACGAACAUGAUGCUGUAUCCUCCACCAAAUUGUUGCACCUGGCAAAUAUCUGUGAUAUGUGUUCUCUACCACAGACAUUAACGCUGAGGGGAGGAGUGACCAUUUAAUAUUAGAUUGAUUAACUUAGUUAGCGUUCGCCCAUUAGCCACUUAUGGAAUACACCUACCACCACACACUCAUCUCAUUGAGUUU